AUGGGGGAGCUCUUGCUCAAUAAGGAGCCCAAGUGCAAGGUGUCCCUGGGAUGCUGGCUGAGAUGUCUGGAACGCAGGCAUCCGGGUCUCUGGGAGGGCUCUGGGGGAGCAUCUUUGUAUGCAAUGACGUCUGUGCCCCUGGUUCUCCACCUCCCCAUCUGUCUGCCCACAGCUAAGCUGUCCUUCUGGUCAUUGUUCAAAGAUCUCUCACCAGGCAACCCCCUGGGUCACCGGAGGCGUUUCACACUGGCUUUGAGUGGAUGGGAAAGAGUCAGGGGAUGCAGAGAAAGUCAAGAGCAGGAUGCUUUCUGCCCCCUAAACUUGCAGACUGGCACCUCCCACUCCACCAGGAGGCUCUGA